AUGACUUCAAUACCUCCACCUUCAUUUUUUCUGCAAAACCCUGGAAAACCGACGACUCCAUGGAAUUUAUGGUUCCAGCAAUUCGAGAAUUAUCUCCUAGCCUCAGGAGGCAGCGAAUUUCUGCCGGAUAGGAAGAAAGCGCUUCUGUUACACUGUCUGGGAGCUGAAGGACAGCGAAUCUUUUACUCACUGGACAUCUCCUCACCAUCAGAGCCACGCCCAGCUCAUGGGGCUCAAGCAGCUACCAAUGUAUACCAGGAGGCAUUGGCAGCCAUAGAAGCGUACUUUGUUCCGCGAAUCAACGUAGUCGCUGAGAGAUAUAGAUUCAGACGACGUAAACAGAGGCCAGAUGAGACAGUUGCUGAAUAUGUAGCAGCCUUGCAAGAACUUGUAAAACAUUGUGCUUUUGCAAACUUGAAGGACGAGAUGCUGCGAGACCAGGUAGUAGAAGGCUGUCACAAUCCCCGUAUUCGUGAGAGGUUACUAUUAGAAUCGGACUUGAACUUUCAGAAAGUUCUUGAUUUCAGUAGAUGCAUCGAAGAUGCACAGCGAGACUCCAAAGCAAUUGCCAAGGGACAUGAAAGUGACAGUGAGAAGGUGUAUGAACUACACAGAAAGAAAAUGAAGGAAAGUAGAGUGGAGGGAAGAGAAAGGAAGAAAACAGAGCAGAAAACACAGAAAAACAGUUGCAGAAAUUGUGGAAGUCCAUCUCAUGCAGCAUUCGACGAGAGAUGUAAGGCAAGAGAGAGCAAAUGCUACAGCUGCGGAAAGACUGGACAUUGGGCUAAGGUUUGCCGGAAAAGCAGAAAAGUCCGCAAAGUGCAAAGUGGAGCUGAUGAACUUGAAACGCCCAAGGUAUUAACCGUGAACACUCACCCUACAAAGCCAAUAAGGUGUGAAGUUGAGCUCGCUGGCAAAGCCAAGGUUCACAUGACUCUUGAUACAGGCUCUAGUGUGUCAAUAAUUCCGCUCAGCAUCUACAAGAAACACUUUCUAAUCGAUGCUCUCAAGCCACCAUACGUCAACAUUUCAGACUACUCUGAAGGAAACAUUCCAGUAGUUGGAAUAUUUGAGACACAGGUAAAGGUUGGAGCCAAGUCAAUGAUCGCCAAGAUUUUCGUCGUACACAGAGGUUCAGCAUUACUGGGCUUGGAUAUCUUCGACGAGUUGAAGCUUAAGAUUGAAGGCAGCAAGCUCUGCGUCGAGACGGUCAGAAGUGAUUCUCCGACAUCAACGUCAGAGUCCACAUCGUCUACAUCAAGCGACAUUCCACCGGGGUUCCCUACUUUGUUUGCACCAGGUCUCGGUUGUGCACGCAACUUCAAUCAUCGCGUCAAAGUCAAAGCUAAUCAUCCGCCCGUUCAACAGAGGUUACGCAGGUUACCUUUAUCUGUGAAGGAUGAGGUUUCACAAGAAUUGAAGCGGUUGGAGAAGGAAGGCGUGAUAGAGAAAAUAGAUUCAAGUGAAUGGAUCUCUCCCAUUGUAGUUGCCGCGAAAAAGUCAGGAAGCAUCAGGCUUUGUGUUGAUUUACGUGAAGUAAAUAAAGCCAUUGUUGUAGAUAGUUAUCCGUUACCUGAUAUCGGUGAGCUAUUUUCUGAGCUGGAAGGAUCCACAGUGUUUUCUAAGAUGGAUCUAGCGUCAGCGUAUCAUCAACUCGAAUUGGAUGAGGAAAGUCGCGAUCUUACUGCGUUCAUCACACAUGAUGGAUUAUAUCGCUUCAAGAGAGUUUGUUUCGGAUUAGCGUCAGCACCAUCCACAUUUCAGAAGCUCAUGAGUAGUAUCCUCGCAGGACUACCAGGAGUUCAAUGCUACCUAGAUGACAUCAUCGUGUAUGGUAAGGACAGAUCAGAACAUGACAAACACUUGAACAAUGUACUGAAGAAGUUGCAAGACGCAGGAUUGCGUUUGAACCCUAGUAAAUGUCAGUUUUACUUGUCAGAACUCAGUUACUUAGGGCAUUGUGUGAGUAGUAAGGGUCUAGCACCUGAUGAUAGUCAUGUCAAAGCUAUUCUAGAGGCACCAGCGCCUACGGAUGUUAGUAAGCUUAGGUCAGUGUUAGGAAUGACAAACUACUACACUAAGUUUGUACCAAACUAUGCCACUGUUGUAGAACCAAUGAGACGUCUUUUGUGUAAAGAUGUACCUUUUGAGUGGGGGGCCGAGCAACAAGAGUAA